AUGAAAAGUGGGUUGAUGUCUAUAAACGAUGUGCUCUUCCUAAUGGUAAACAUUUUCAAGUACUUCCUGAUUGCUCUGAACGGACUGUACCUGUAUAAGCUACCAAGCAACGCAAAGGAGAACAUUGACUUUGUGAGCGCCAAAAUAUGUAUCCUAACAGGCGUUACGAUAAAAAUUAUUGUCAUAGCUAUAUACUGCACCUACUUUAUGGACACUUAUAUGUUCAGAAAAUGCAGGAGAAAUCAUUUUUUAAAAUUAUGUAACUUUAGCAGUGUAAGUAGGAGGGGAAACAUAUCGGUGUUAGAAUCUGACGACUUUGAGUAUAAAAAGUUAAUUAAGAAAUUUUUCUUUAAGAAAGUAUAUUAUUCAUUAAGGAAAAAACAUAAGAAUAUGGAAUUGUAUAUGCUAAAAAUUUAUAACAGUACAUUUAAUUACUACUUCUGUAACAUGAGGGAUGUGCUUUACGCAUUCAUAUGGUAUAUCAGUUUAUACUACUGGAGGAGAGAUACAUAUGACAAGAUGUGGAAUUUUGACAACAUACCGACAUACAUUCAUAACAUUUUGAUUGUCCUGUUGUCCUCGUCAUACAUCGAUUUAGUGAUGGUCAUCCUGAGUUACAGCAAGUCUAAAUAUUAUGUGAUGAAGUCGAAAUUUCUAAUAGACGCGUUUUUCAGCGCACCAAGUGUAUUCUUCUUUUCCAAAUAUCUUUUUGUUCUUGACAAUAAGAUAGACAUAUACUUCAUAAUGGGAUUUUUACGAAAUAUUAAGAUAUUUCUAAAUGUGUCCUACGUGAGAGUGGAGCAAAACUCCAUCUUAACAAAUACAGAAAUUAGAAUCGUUCGAAUUGUGUUGGGAGUUCUUUUGCUGUGUAACGCCUUCGCCUCAACCGUUUACACAAUUCAGGCGAUUCAUCCUUACAAUUUGGAAAACGGAAAUUUUUCCUAUUUUCUGAAUACCUACUUGGAUUAUUUUUACUUCUCCAUAAUUUCCAUAUCUACUGUUGGAUAUGGAGACAUAUUUCCCAUUAACAAAUUAAGCAAAGUAGUUUGUAUCAUUUUUAUAUUCUGGACCUUCAUAUGGGUUCCAAUACAAUUCAACGAUUUGAUUAUUUCCAUUUUCUCUAAAAAGAAAACGUAUGGUAAGCUUAGCAUGAACAGUCAGAAGUUUAUUCUGCUCAUUGGAGAAGUGGAACCGCAAAAAUUAAAUGUUUUCCUUUUCGAGUCUAUUGCAUAUGGAAAUAAGAUAAAAUUUCAUAUCCUUACUACUUACCCUAUAAGUUGUUACAAAGAACAAAUAAAGAUAGCAGAUCACUUCUGCAUAUCUCUAUAUAUUAAAAGCUACGAUUUGAAUGAAAAACAAAAUACAAAUUUGCUCUACAGCAUCAACGCCCAGAAUGCGUAUUACUUAUUUUUAUUUUCUGAUAAAUUCAAUAAUGGGCAUUACAACAUUGACACAAAAUCAUUUACAAGAUUAUUAAUUUUGAAGAAAUUUCUACAUGGAAAAAAAAACGCUGUCAUCGAAUUACGAAAUAAAAGUGUUUCUAAUGUUGUCAAGUCUAUUGGAUGCGAAAAUUUUAUCAUUGACAAUUUGAAGCAUUCCUUAAUUGUUAAGAAUGUCAAGUACCCUGGAAUUAUUACCCUAAUUUUAAACUUGUUUACAGCAUACAAAUAUGAGCCAGAGUGCGAAGAGCUUGACGAUGUUCGUGAUUCCUCCUGUUUCAAAUAUAUAAGUCAAUAUAUCAGGGGAUCCAGAACAAAAAUUUUCUCCUUCUUCGUUCACAAAAAUAUGGUUGGACUAAAAUUCGAUAAAUUAUUUUACAAAUUGUAUGAGUCCCUUGGCAUUAUUCUAAUCGGCGUCGAAACGGACAACGGGAUGCUAUCCCACAUUAGGCGCAAUUAUACUGCACAUAAAGUGGCAAACUUCCUUAAAGGGAAAAAGGCAAGGAGCGGAAGAUUUAAAGUUGUCUUCCUUAACCUGUUAAGAAGGUAUUCUCAUUCAUGUAACCCUGUCUAUAUACAACCACCGUUACGUGAACAGAGGGGUAUUCUAAAUAGCAGUCGAAGUGGUCACACCACGGGUAGAAGAAUAAAGAGAAGCUCAAUGGAACGAUCUAAUUUGUUAAAAAUGAAUCUGGAUUAUCAAGCCAAUAGGGGAAAAGGUAAUUCUAGUAACCUCAUCGGUGAAUGUGGAACCUACCACAUCAGGGAGAACAAAGUGAAGGACAACGUGCUCCAUAGGAGAAGAAAAAACAAAUAUGAGAGUAUCUCCAGCGAAGGAAAUAUUUGCAUAAACAUUAGUAGAAGCAACAUUAGAAGUAACAAACUACGGGAGAGAUACACCACCAAGGAAGAGCCACACAUGGAAGAGUUAAAAAAGUGGGACUACAACAUAAUUCACGCCAAGACGAAUAAUAAAUGGGGAUACGACACUAACAUAAGUAAAAACACGAAACAAUUAAAAUGCUACCUCAAUCUGUUGGGGGCAAAUUAUUCCAUGAGGGAAAAUGACAAAUGUGUAGUUAUUGCCAAUUCUAAGAAGGUUAUUAAAUACCUGUCCAUGGCAAAAAGCCUCUUUUGGUUAUUCGAAAUUAAGAGUAAAAAGGAGAAAAACAUUUCUUACGAUUUGAAGUCAGUCAUAAAAACUAAGAAAUCUUUUAAUAAAUAUUUGACGCCCAAUUUAAGGAGGAAUAUGCCAACCAUGUCACCUGGGCAUAAUGGAAACCUGGUCUACAAGGAUGCAAAUUUGAUAGCCAUAAACUACCACGACUUGUUUAGUAGCUACAAAAUUUCGACAGCUUUUUCGAAAAGGAAUUAUCCAUUGGGGGAAAGGAGGAACACGCUUAGAUGUACGGGUGGGCACGAUUCGCGAGAUUCGCACGAUUUGGUAUGUUGGGGAGAUAUACAGGAGAAAUGUGUUAAAAAUGGGGAUUCUCAAAAAGGGAAUUAUCAAGAUGUGACGAAUUGUGAUAGAUCCACUCACGCUCCCCCCUAUCAUAAUAACAACUCGGUCCUUAACGGAUGUAAUUUUAUCACUUGCAUUCCAGACAGAUGUAAUAUUGACACUCGGAUGGACAGACACAACGAGGGGAAUAUCCUCGUGGGAUCUUCACGUUAUUUGGAGAGAACCCCCGGGAAAUUCCACGUAGGUAAUCCCACAAGCAAUCUUGUUUUGCCUUACCCAGAAGUUCAUACUUUUGAAAAUGCGAUAGACAAGGCUGUAUCGAAGAACAGCUAUGUAGACCCCCAAAGGGUACCUCCAUAUCAUACGGAGGUUCGGAAGAAGUAUGGGUAUUAUUUUAUCCACAAAAAAAAAUUGAAAAAAAAAAAUUAUUUAAUUAAUUACGUGAAUUUUUUAAAAAGAGAAGAAACAGGAAAGGAUAAAGUUACACAAAAUGGCCUUAAUAAUGCCCACAAGGAUGGGAUCAAAGACGCCCUCAGUGAUAACUUCAAUGCUACCUUCAAAAGCGCAAUAGCAUAUUCGUACGAAGAAGCCUGUGAAAAGUAUUUCCCCCGAGGGAGGAGGAACAAAUUAUUGCUAAUAAUAAACUUCACAUCAAAUACGAUGGAGUUAAUCAAAAUGUUGAAUCAUAAGUGUACGUAUAACGUAGUUAUACUUACGGACGAGGUGCCAGUUAUCAAUAUGUACGACUUGUGUAAGUACAACGUUGUGUUCAUAAAAUGCAAGUCUCUGGACGACUACAAUAUAUUAAAGGCUGGUCUUAUGCAGGCCUAUUACAUCAUAAUUCUACCCACAGACAUAAACAAUGCAGACGAAAUAAACGAGACAGACAUGAAUAAUAUAAUAUUAACAAGGAAAAUGAUCCACUUAAUGCGGAAAAGAAAAAAAUCCUUUUACAUAAAUAACAUAAUGACAGAGUUGAUUAACCCCUCUAAUAUUAUCUUUUUGGAGGAAAAUAAAAUGAUAAAAUUAAAGGACAACAAAUCUUCGUACAGUGAUUUUUUCCCUUAUGUAAAUUGUUGCCGUUUUUAUUCAAGCAAUUUAAUCUGCGAAACCAUGUUGUACAAUUUUAUGGCGCAUCAUAAAAGCUUCACCAAAUUUUCCGUUUGUAAUGACACAUUGGAAAGUCUCAUAAAACACAUGAGCGUAAUUUAUGUAUGCGACUUGAAAAAGUACUUUGAUUUUUCUUUUAAAAGGAUAAGAACCUUCCGUGAUCUGUUUUAUUUCUUAUCCAAGAAGAAUAUCACUGCUAUUGGUUUGUAUAGGCGCGGUGACAGAAACAUCCCCUUCUACGUUUACACAAAGCCGAGCGAAAAUUGCGAGCUCAAGCUGGACGACAUGGUAUACGUUUUGUAG